AUGCUGGAUGAUUAUGCUGGACUCGGCCCUCUUCCACAAAACAUGGCAUUUAUCAAGCCAAGAGAUCUUGGUGGCAAGAUUUUGAGGAAGAAGGAAUGUCUACCAUCACCACCAAGCUAUGUUAGAUUAUCUAGAACCGACGACAACGACAACGACAACGAAGAUCAUCAGAGAGACGAUAGCAAUGAAGGAGGAACCCCCAAAGGCCAUGUUCCGGUCAUGGUCGGCAUGGAGGAGAAGGAUGUCAAGCGAUUUGUGGUUCCGACUCGGUUUAUGAAGGAUCCUUCCAUUGUUACGUUGCUUCAAUUAUCUGCCGAUGUGUUUGGUUAUGAUCAUCAAGGGGUGUUACGGUUUCCUUGCCACCCUGAAAAUUUUCAAAAAAUUAUAGAUAAGCUAUAUAAGAAAAGAUAG